UUAAAGCGGAUGUUAGUGACCCGGAAGAGGAAAGAAGGAGUCAGCGGCCGAAUAAGAAGCUGUGCUAUCUCAACGCUCGCUUAAAGCUCCUCAAUAAACAUGGCGGUCAAGUCCGGGGAGGAACGGCUGAAGGAGAUGGAGGCUGAGAUGGCUCUUUUUGAGCAGGAGGUCCUCGGUGGAUCAGGGAGUCCUCCUCUGAUGGAGUCCAUACCUGUGGCCUUGGCGGUCCCUGCUGUGCCGAUGGUGCGACCCAUCAUAGGAACCAACACCUACAGACAGGUCCAGCAGACAUUAGAGGCCAGAGCCGCUAGUUUUGUUGGUCCUCCGCCGCCUGCAUUCGUGGGACCAGUUCCACCAGUCCGCCCCCCUCCACCUCCCAUCAUGAGACCAGCCUUCGUUCCGCAUAUACUACAGAGACCAGGUGGUCAGAGAAUGCCAGUGAUGAGAGGUCCUCCAGUAGCUCCUCCCAUCCCUCGACCUCCUCCACCUCCUCCCAUGAUGGUUCCUCCGUCUAUGCAGGGCCCCAUACCUCAGGGGCCAGCACCGCCCAUUCAGCACAUGCCAGCAGCUGCCCGGGUGGGGGACAUGGUCGGUGUCCCGAUGGGGCCCCCUCCUCCUCAGAGACCAGCAAAUCCUUCCUUGGCCAAACCCACGCCGUCUAUCAUCCAGGCAGCGCCCACCGUUUACACGGCUCCUCCAGCUACGGCGGUCCAGAGGAAACCGGACGCCCAGGCCCAGAGACAGGCCAGAAUGGAAGAACUCGCAGCACGAGUGGCCAAGCAGCAGGCGGCCGUGAUGGCAGCAGGACUGCUGGACAAGAAGGAGAGGGAGGAGAGCGGCUCUGUGAUCGGCCCCAGCAAGCCCGACCCUGAGCCCCCCCACACCGAGGUGACGCCUGUGGAGAGUGUUACAGAGGACAGAAAGAGAGGAAAAAACGAGAAGGUGAAGAAGUGUAUCCGCAUCGCUGCAGGGUCGACCUGGGAGGACCCCAGUCUGUUGGAGUGGGAGCCAGAUGAUUUCCGUAUAUUCUGUGGCGAUCUUGGGAAUGAGGUCAACGAUGACAUCCUGGCUCGAGCCUUCAGCAGAUACCCAUCAUUCCUCAAAGCAAAGGUGGUGAGGGAUAAACGGACUGGAAAAACAAAAGGCUACGGCUUUGUCAGCUUCAAAGAUCCAAAUGACUACGUUAGAGCCAUGAGAGAAAUGAACGGGAAAUACGUCGGGAGUCGACCGAUCAAACUGAGGAAAAGUAUGUGGAAAGACAGGAAUAUUGAAGUGGUCCGCAAGAAACAGAAAGAGAAGAAGAAGCUUGGCCUCAGAUAAUGUUUAAGCUCCUGGAGGCGCGUUUAUGUUGGAAUGACUGACCUUAUGAGUGCUAAUGCCAUCUCAGCUCCGGGGGAGAACUGUGGUGUAAAUAAAGGUUUGGAUAAAUCAAAGCUCUGCGUCGGUUCUCAUAAGGAUAGCAGCUCCUGCUAGUGACUGUUUAUAGAUAUGUUCCCUCAUCCUGUGUGGAAAUCCGCUCAUCUGCACCCUUUAUGUCAGAUUAACUGGUUGUUUUAAACUCUCAAAUAAAACGGUAUUGUCGUCA